AUGUGGUGGCGCGACCCCGCGGGGCUGCCUGCAGGCCGCGGCCUCGCACCCCCGCGACCCUCCCUCCACCGAGAGCGCCUGGCGGGCGCCGAGCGCCGGAGAGAACCACCACCCGAAUCCGCGGCCGCCGCUCGGCGCCCCAGAAGCCGCGGGCGCGACGCUGCUCAGGCCGGAGCGGGAAAGAUCCCGGCGUCCACUCCAGCGGCCAACAGGCCAGCAGGACCCGGGGAGCCAGGAGCACACGUCCGCCACACCUCCGCAACGCACGGACUUCUCCACGCCAAAACUGCCCCGCCCUCCACCUCUCAGUCCGCAGGUUUGGAGCGCGCUUCCGGAGCCGCACCGCAGGGCGCAUGCAUCCCUCGGCUUGCGGGUAUCGCCCCACAGAGGCGAGAAGCGGCGCCUCUGGGGUUUGUCCCAAGACAGCCGGAAGUCGCUGUGCGUCCUUCCCUCCGCUCUGCGCCGACCGAAACUCCAGCCCUGCCAGAGAGGUUCCGGACCCAGGACGCGGGACUGAGCGGCCGCCCCACGCUGGCUUUCUGGGGCGCGGCGAGCGGGGCCCUGGCCCAGAGCCUCCGCCUCUCCCUGGCUGGCGUCGGUGCCCCGGACUUCGACUGGGAGAAGCUGCUGGCGCCGCCUGCUCCAGGCCAGGACCUGGUGCGCCUGAGUGGGACCCCCGACCCCCGAGGCGGAGCCCCCUGCUUCCUAGACCUGAGCUGCGACCCCGAGCGGGGUGAAGAGGUCCUCGCGCUGGCCAUCCUGAGCUCGGCGAGAAACAUGGAGGUGUACGCGGGAGAGGAGUACUGCGGCACCGGCAGGGGCAAGCGCGCCUGCUCCGUCCCCGACGGCAGUGAAUAUGAAGAGAUUAUUUUAUACCAAAAAUAUCUCAAAUUGCAAUCUUCCCCACAUGCUUGUAAAAUAAAGUUGCUGUUCUUUGGUGAAAAGCAGUGUGUGUUCAUCAGUAAAGUUGUGGUAUAUAUGAGACCAACUUCAGCAAAUUCUUCACCAAGCUCUCCUGCUCUAGGAUCAAGGAUAGACCUUGACAAGGUCCAAGCUAUAAUGGAGUCCAUGGGGUCAAAGUUAUCACCUGGAGCUCAGCAGUUCAUGAAUAUGGUUAGGUUUCAGCAACAGAACCGUAUUCCCCUUGGAGAGCAGCUCCAGUCCGUUUUGGGAACUGCCGGGUACAAGCACAUGACUGCGCUCCAGCCGUCGUCCACCUCAGGACCCCCGGACAAGUCGUCCUCCACACCUUUCCCGUUCAGAACUGGAUUGACCUCUGCAAACGGGACUGAAAACGUGCAGACUUUCAUGGAUGAAAGCACAAGGCCACCUGGGGAGGGAAGUACCACCAACCGUGACGGGUGUAAGACUGCGCCGCAGAACCAUUCCCUUCUUGAAAAUGAUCUUAAAAAUGCAGUCUCUUCUUUCUCACCGAAGAAAGCAAGUGGCAGCUCCCUGCCCAGCUCCGAGUUGCUGCCCUUUCUCCAGAAUUUAUGCAGUCAAGUCAACCAUCUCCGAGUGGGACAUAAUGCCAAGUGGCAGGAAAACCUCUCCAAGCCCCGUGAAGGCAUUGUCGGUGUCGCAAUGGAAGAACAGCCUAUUUGCUCCUACUUGGGGAAGAUUCUCUCUAAAAAUAUGGAACUGAUGGAAAAGAAACUUGUGGACUACAUUGAUCAGCGAAUGCAUCAACUCCAGGAGCACAUAGAUGACAAGGUGGCCUUGUUGAUGGACUUCCUGCAAAAUCCCAACUCCCCGCCCACUGGGCUGCCUCUGAGACAUUGUGACUCUGGAGAAAGACUUUCCAAUGGAGAAAGAUAAGCUCUCAGCGUAUAGUGACCUGCAGAUAUUUAUUACCUAUUUAUUACAAAACCCAAACCUAAAAACAUUAAUGAAAGCCAAGUAUUUGAUGUCCUGUGAAGGCUCAUCGGCUGACAUAAAGUGACCUUAGUGUUUUUACUGCCCUUGUUACUAUAAAUCCAGUACUGUACACAAAGACUUAACACCAAAGUCAGAAGUUAUUCUUGCUUACAAUAUUUUCCAUGUGCUGAAAUUUAUGCAUACUUGUAUUGCUUAAGGGUUUUAAAUAUUUAAGGAUUUUUUUUUUUUUGUGGUGCUAGGGAUUGAACCCAGGGCCUUGUACUUGAUAGGCAAGCAUGCUACCAACUGAGCUAUAUCCCCAGCCCAUAUUUAAGGAUUUCUAAUGUAGUUCAUUAAUUUUGUAUUGUAUGUGUUUGAAGUACUGUUUUAAUUUGUACAAAGACCUUAUUUAAUUGUUGAGAGGUAUGAAAAAAUGCUUACCUGGCUUUUUUCCCCCCUAAUCGUUCUUGGAAAACCGAGUGUUUUGACUUGAAACACUUAAUUUCAGAUCUAACAAUGUCAACAAAUACGUGCUUGAAUCCUGGUAAAUGGCUCCAUAUUAUUUCACUGAAUAACUGAAAUAUACACUCUACCAGUCUACUUAUAUUUUAUAUUGUUUACUUCAGAUUUCAAAAAUGGAUGUAAUGUUUGGUAUAUGUAAGAUCAGUUCUCAUUGUGGCCAUUAAUUUUAUGCUUUGUCACAUCGUAGCAGCGGAUAGGAAAGUGAAAAAUCAAAAUUGGUCCAUUCCUUGUUAGGGUUGUUCCUUUGGAUUUAGUGUUUGAUAUAAAAUGGGAGAAGUUGUCUUAUUUUACCUCAGUAACCCAGAACACAUAACGAAGUCUCCUUUUCAGGCUGAUACAGGUUCUUUUUCCCAGCCCUUCCUGGCUCUUGUCCAGUGUGAACUGCUGAGGGUCUGUCUACAUUGAAGCAUUUCAGCAUAUGAGUCCAGGAGACUGCAGUUCUGUCUGGUAGACUUCGUUUUCAGAUACGAGCUGAGCACAGUGUUGUAUGCCUGUAAUCCCAGUGACUCGGGAGGCUGAGGCAGGAGGAUUGCAAGUUUAAAGCCAGCCUCAGCAACUUAAUGAGGCCCUAAGCAAUUUAGCGAAGACCCUGUCUCAAAAUAAAAAAAAAAAUGAAAAAAACGGGCUGGGGAUGUGGCUUAGUGGUAAAGCACACCUGGGUUAAAUCCAGUACCAAAAAACAAAGCAAAACAGAAACAAAUGUGUAUGUGUUGAAGGAUGAUGUAUUUGUGUCUAAAAAUAAAUGGAUCUUCGGGAAGCUACUUGUUUAGAAUAAAUAGAAGAAUUUAAUGUUUGUUUAGGAUGUUUAUUUCUAUAAAAAAGGAUGCUUUCACUCAA